AUGCGAGGUCGAUGGUCCUUCAACGAUGGUUCCCGAGGAAAGGGUGCCUCACAAUCAUAUGACCCUGACCGAAAGACGGCGUUCCUACCAGCGACAGAAAUUCAUCACGCUGGAAAAACUGGGCAACAUCCGCCUAGCUGGCCACUCCAGCCCUCUCACAACCAGGCUGCUCGACUGUACCACUUCUUCGGAACAGACCUCCCUGGCCUUGCCUUCCAUCCCAGGACGCGUGGCCCAGUGCUUGCUGGUCUCAGCCCAGCAUUUUUGGUGGUACAUAACAAUGCCACCACUUUUUUCCCAAAAUCAAUCCGCCCCGAUGCGGAUAUGCAAAGCGUGACCGAUGCGGUUGCUCUGAGGGUCGGGGUGCCGACCCCGCAUCCCGAAGGGCGCACUCCGCGCCUCCUCGGAGGAAGGGCCUUGGGUUUGUUUACAAGCCAGAUCGGAAAGGCCAUCCAAAUGGUUUUCUCUUCUGCUUCAAGCGAAGACGAACGAACCGACGACAACUACUACAAGAUACUCCAAGUCUCAAGCGACGCCAGCCCCUCAGAACUCAGGACGGCUUAUCUCAGACUAAUCAAGCUUCACCAUCCCGACAAGCUCAAAAAGCAGUCCCACCAUCCCUCAUCAGGCCCCCAGGCCAGCCACUCCUCUCAACCAAACGCAGACCACCGGUUCGCGCAAGACUUGAUUCAUGCUUACUCUAUCUUGAUCGAUCCCAGUCGCAGGACUGAGUACGACCUCAAGCGUCUUCAAUCGCCUGCGGGGCACAAUACAGUGUCAUCAGCAGGAGUCCAUGCGAAGAUCGUUUCUCAAGUGCUCGAUCUUUCUGAAUUCACCCAGCUAGAGCAUGAAGGACAAAACCAAGCCGGGGGAGAGCGAUUCGUGUUUCCCUGUAGAUGCGGGGGACAGUUCCUGAUCAGCGAAGACCAAAUGGAGGCCGAUAUCGAUACCAUUGGCUGCGAUGGAUGCAGCUUGACCGUCAAAGUCGAAUACCAAUGCUUGUAA